GUCAUCCUCGGUGUUUUCGUCUUUGCCGUAUUUGCCUUUCCAAUUCAUUCUAAGUAGUCCAGAGCUGUUUUUUCACACAGUUCUUUAGAAUCUAUCCCAAUUUAUGCUAAAUAACACCAUGGUUUCGUCAGAAGGUUUGCCCGUUGUACUCUUUGGCUAUGAAUCCUCCACUUUUACAGCUAAGGUGCGGCUUGCACUCAAGCUGAAGCAGAUCCCUUACUACUUUGUGGAGGUGCCAUCGAUGAUGCCACGGCCACUUCUCGUUAAGCUUUUCAAUCUGACUUACCGCAAAAUACCUGUUCUUGCCAUCGGCACGGAUGUGUAUUGCGACAGCUCCAUUAUCCUCGAAGCUUUAGAGCAUCAAUUCCCAGCCUCCAACGGCUAUCAAUCGCUAUACCCACGUGAUGCAACUGGACGUACAAACCAGGCUUUAAUCCGUGGUUUUGCAUCAUAUUGGACUGAUCGGCCUUUAUUUCGCGUAACUACUGGUUUGAUUCCUGGAUCUGUUUGGCGCACGUCAUUCGGAGAGGACCGCGCCAAGCUCAUUGGGCACAAACUUGAUCCCGAUAAACUCGAGAAGAAAUUACCUGAAAACCUGUCCAAGCUGGACCUUCAGCUUUCACUACUUGAAGAUUUGUUCAGAGAGGCAGAUGACGAGUGGGUUUUUUGGACCCCUGAGCCUAGCGCCGCAGAUAUUGCCAUAUGGUAUCAGCUCAAUUGGGGUAUGGACAUAGCAGCGGGGAAGGGGAUAUACAACCUAACAGGUGGCAGAACAGAAGAUACAAAGGAUAAACUAGGAGCCACCAGUGUUUUCAACAAGGAAAGGUAUCCAGCGACGUGGUUGUGGUUCGAGAGAUUUAAGAUCCACAUGGAUCGCCUGCCAGACGUGGAGACAAAGAUUGGCGAGGUAGAGGUCGAAAAACUACUGACAAGUGUUCGAGAUCAGGGACCUAAGUUACUGCCUACACCAGCAGCACCCCAUUUUGAGCUCGACAAACAAAAUGGAUUGGUGCAAGGCACAAUAGUCAGUGUGGUACCUGAUGAUACAGGACGAGAUGAUCCCUCUUUUGGCGAGCUUGUAGCCAUCACACCAGAGGAAGUCGUUAUUAGGCCGCUGUCUAAAAACGUAAGACCUUUAGUUGAUGCCAGGAUUCACUUUCCAAGGCUUGGCUUCGUGAUUCGUGUUGCAAAAGAUAAAAAGCUUUGAAUGGUAGUGGAUUUCUAUUUGCGAAGAUGCGGAUGGGAUAAGGUAUGAGUCAAUCGUGAAAUAUUUGGAACACUUGAACAUGCUCGGAGAAUACUGUUUCUAGAGGCUUAAGGAUAGGAUUGGGGUUUAUGAUCAGCACUAUUUUACUUGAAAUUUUGUAUAUUCC